GGUCAAAUUUCUGGUCGCAGCUUCAAACUGAAGACUUCAUAUAGGCGUUAAAUCCCAGCUAGACCAUAAAGCACAAACCCGAUUCUCCAUAGCGGACCCCUAGGAUUUCUUGAUGCGAAAGAAUACAGCAAAAUAUGGAUCACCCCUUUUCUUUACCAAGCGACCGCAAUUUUUACCAUAACAAUGCACCAUUGGGCCUUGACAACCCCCUCAUUUCGGAUGAAGACUUUCAGUUGUGGGGAGACUUGGGUUGUUUGGACUUAGCGAAUCCCUCCAACUCAUUUGUAGGCUCUUCGUCGCCUGCUUGGGCUCCGCAAUGGAUGGCUGGAAAUGAAAGAUAUCAAGAACUCUCUGCCCCAUUGUCUUACAAUUCUCAUCCACCAUUUUCGAGGGAUCUCAACCAGGAAAUGGGGCUUCCAAGUCUCUCACGAUCGUUUCCACCCCCGCCUUCAUCAAAACCAGUCGCUGAGGACGGAAACCAUGGCUCUUUGGCGUGGAUAAACACAGUACAAGACAACGGAACCCCGGUAUCUACUGCGAGUAACUUGAUCGAGAUGUGCCCGGCAUCAAUUUCAGGAGGGUGGCCUAAUCGCUACAAUGCAUCGGCUUAUCAAAGGACUGCGGAGAAUGCAAUACAAAAUAACAAUACAGCGUCUUGGCAAUCUCAAAUACUGAACAGCACGGAAUCUUCGCCAUAUCAACGAGAAGCUCCAAACUCAGCAUCACGAAGCGAUAUUAUCAGCACGCAAUGGCAACCUCAAAGUCACAAUUACGAAGCCCCCUCGUUUAUAACAUACACGCCCAAGCUGCCUUUAAAUCCAACCUCACAUACCUCUUCGCAGAAACCUACGACUUCAGCACACCUAACUCAGCCUCAAACUCCCAGUGUCUCAGACUCAACAUACCAAGCCGAAUCAUACUGGAAGCCCCCAAAUCAUCCUCUCGAAACCAUCACUCCAUUCAUAAACCCGACUCCCUUUGCCGCCACACUAACAACCACCUUUCACUUUUUCCAUUCUCACUCCCUCUUAUACAAAUCGGGCGUCAAGCCUCAAGAAUUACAAAUGCAUCUUGCCGCCGGCUCCUGCGGCGUGACUAUACACGGGACUGUUUCCAUUCCCGAAAAUACCAGCUGUUACCAAAACGGCACACUCGGUCUCAUAAUUGCGCAAGAAAUGCCUCUAACUCCUCGAUUAUAUCUACCCAUCCAGCGAAAAAAGAUUUCCGAGUCCAUGCGUCAGGUUGUGUCGGAGUUGCAUAGAAAGGGAAUUGUGCAUGGCGAUAUCUAUCUUUCGAAUUUUCUGCUCUGCGCUUCUGGGAAUUCGAAAGAUCAAGCCAGUGUUAAACUUAGCAAUUUCCACGAUUCUCUAUUUAUCUCAGACUCUUCUUCUCAAACUUCAGUUGAUCGUGAAAAAGAAGAACAAUGGACACCAAUCCUCAACGGCAGGAUAGUUUCCCCAAAUCGGGCAAAUGAGUGGAUGAAAGGAAGGGAUAGGAAAGCGACCAAAGAAGACGAUUUGUAUGCGUUGGGGAUUUGUAUGUGGGAACUGUGGAGUGGGAAGAGGUAUGACGAAACGUGUGGAAUUUGGGAAGAUGUGAGGAGGGGUGACCUAAAAGGAAGAGGGGUGGAUAUGAAGGGGGUUGGGGAUAAGGAGGUUAGAGCAUGGGUUAGGGCGUGGUUGAGAGGCGGGGGAGCAAUUGUUUGAUGACUUGAAUGUGAUUUAAGAUUAUAGUAGAAAACAUACACAGGGCA